GAGCCUGCUUCUCUCGUAGACGAGGAUUAGGCUUGAGGGGCUGCUGCUGCUUCUUCUAUUCUUUGGAACUGGGGAAUUUCUCCUGGUCGCUUCCUCGAGGGGAUGGCGAGGAAGCCGACGGAGUCGGGAGGGGAUAUGUCCAGGGUUUCUUCCUCCAACUCCAGAUCUGCCGGCGGCCGAGAGUUUGAGUAUCUUCAUGGAGCAGGAGGAGACACGGCCGCCGAUCGGAGGAUCGCCUUUUCCCGCCACCCGUCUUUCCGGCAAUCGGACGAUCCCGUCCGCCAGCCUCUUCUUUCCAGGAGUUUCGCUGCGUCGCUCGAGACCCCGAAAGGAGACGUAGGUUUGGAGUUCCCGAUGGAGAGCGGCUCCGGCGAGGAAUAUCGAGCCUCUCCUUCCGGGGAUUCGGUUCUUUCGCUCGUUGUGGAUUUCUUGACGAUGAUCCGAUGCGGAAACCGGCCGAUGAAACGGCUAUCGUUGAUGAUCCUGCUAAAUGUUGCUUAUUCCUCAACUGAAUUGCUCGUCGGGCUAUUCACUAGCCGUGUAGGUUUUGUUUCAGACGCUUUUCAUCUCACAUUUGGAUGCAGUCUUCUAACAUUUUCCUUAUUUUCCAUGGCUAUGGCUAGGAGAAAGGCUACUAGUAGUUACAGUUAUGGGUACAAAAGGCUGGAAGUACUAUCUGCUUUUACUAAUGCUCUAUUCCUAUUGUUCAUGUCAUUUUCCCUUGCCGUCGAAGCACUUCAUGCAUUUGUACAGGACGAGUCAGAACAUAAGCAUUACUUAAUUUUGUCAGCAGUGACAAAUCUGUUGGUCAACCUACUAGGAGUAUGGUUCUUUAGAAGUUAUGCCCGUGUCAAUAUUGUACCAUCUUCAGUCUACAGGAGAGCUGAGGACAUGAACUGUCAUUCUGUCUGCUUGCAUGUCAUUGCAGAUUCUAUUCGAAGUGCAGGCUUGAUUCUUGCAUCAUGGUUUUUGGCACUUGGAGUUGAGAAUGCUGAGGUUUUGUGCCUUGGGCUGGUUUCAGUUGCUGUUUUCAUGCUCACCAUGCCACUUUUUAAAGCAACUGGUGCCAUUUUGCUGCAAACGGCACCAUGCAGCAUACCACCUUCCGCUUUCAGUAAAUGCUGGAGACAGAUAGUUGCACUAGGAGACGUUUCGGAAGUUUCACAGGCUCGAUUUUGGGAGUUGGUGCCUGGAUAUGUUGUUGGAUCUUUGUCCAUUCAGGUGAAGAGGGAGGUAGUAGAUACUCGGCCGAUACUCCAGUUCGUUCACAGUUUGUAUCAUGACAUAGGGAUACAUGAUUUGACCGUGCAAACUGAGUUUGUGUAAUUGCUUUAGCAGCAGUAUUUGCUUGGCUAAAAUUCCGUUAGUGAGAUAAGCUUGUAUAUUGACUCUAUUCAUCAAUUAUGGAAGAGAAAAAAAAUUGCAGUUUCUUGCA